AUGAUGCAACCGCAGAUCAUCCUCCUUAAAGACGGAACCGAUACAUCGCAAGGCAAGCCGCAGCUGAUCAGCAACAUCAACGCGUGCCUAGCUGUCGUGGACACGAUCCGCACGACGCUGGGUCCACGUGGCAUGGAUAAGCUGAUCCACGACGACCGCGGCAACACCACCAUCUCCAACGACGGCGCCACUAUCCUGAAGCUGCUCGAGAUCGUGCAUCCGGCUGCGAAAACCCUCGUCGACAUCGCCAGAUCGCAAGACGACGAGGUGGGCGACGGCACGACGACGGUGACACUCUUAGCAGGCGAGUUCCUGCGGCAGGCAAAGCCGUUCGUGGAGGAAGGCGUGCACCCGCAGCUCAUCUGCCGCGCGUUCCGCGCUGCUGCGCGCCUCGCGGUGGAGAAGGUCAGGGAGGUGGCUAUCUCUAUAGAAGGCAAGGGCGAGGAGGAGAAGCGAGAGCUGCUGCACAAGUGUGCGGCGACGACCCUGAGCUCGAAGCUGGUGGGCGGCGAGAAGGACUUCUUCGCGCGCAUGGUGGUGGAUGCUGUGUGCUCACUUGAUGAGGAUGUUCCCCUGAAUAUGAUCGGCAUCAAGAAGGUGCAAGGAGGCACGAUGCGUGACUCAUUCCUGGUAGAGGGCGUUGCCUUCAAGAAAACGUUCUCUUACGCGGGUUUCGAGCAGCAGCCCAAGCGGUUCGAGUCCCCCAAGAUCCUGCUUCUGAAUAUCGAGCUGGAGCUGAAGAGUGAGAAGGAGAACGCGGAGAUCCGCCUGUCGGACCCCUCGCAGUACCAGUCGAUCGUGGACGCGGAGUGGAACAUUAUUUACUCCAAGCUCGACAAAUGUGUGCAGAGCGGCGCCAAGAUUGUCCUGUCACGGCUGGCCAUCGGCGACCUUGCCACCCAGUAUUUCGCGGAUAGGGACAUAUUCUGUGCGGGAAGGGUUCCAGAAGAUGACAUGCAGCGAGUGGCCAAGGCGACGGGGGGAGCCGUGCAGACCACUGUGAACGACCUCAUUCCCGAUGUGCUGGGAAGCUGUGCGCUGUUUGAGGAGAGGCAGGUGGGCAACGAGCGGUACAACCUCUUUACUGGCUGCUCCAACGCCAAGACUGCCACCAUCGUUCUGCGCGGAGGGGCGGAUCAGUUCAUAGAGGAGGCAGAGCGCAGUCUGCACGAUGCCAUCAUGAUUGUGAGGCGCGCCAUCAAGAACGCAGCGGUGGUUCCUGGGGGAGGUGCCAUUGAUAUGGAGGUCAGCCGUCACCUGCGCCUGCAUGCGCGCACCAUUGCUGGCAAGCAGCAACUGUUCAUCAAUGCAUAUGCGCGCGCGCUCGAGGUGAUCCCCCGCCAGCUGUGUGACAAUGCGGGGUUUGACUCCACUGAUGUGCUCAACAAGCUAAGGCAGAAACAUGCCCUGCCCUCUGGCGAGGGGCAGCGCUUUGGAGUGGAUGUGAAUUCGGGCGGCAUUGUGGACACGUACGCCUCGUUUGUCUGGGAGCCGAUUGUGGUCAAGGUGAAUGCCAUCACAGCGGCAACCGAGGCGGCCUGUCUUGUGCUCAGUGUGGACGAGACGGUUCGCAACCCACGAUCCGAGAGUGCACAAGACGGUGGAAUGGGUGGCAUGGGCAGAGGUGGAGGUGGGAUGCGCGGGAGGGGCCGAGGCAUGAGGCGGCGAUAG